GUGACAUUGGGCUUAUCUGAUCCGUCUUACCAAUCAUUAUUUUUCUUUCAUUGAAAUAUGUGCUGUUAUUUCACGGUAUAGACAUUGGUAAUGCUUUAGUAUCCAGGUAUGUGAGACGACUGAUAUACCUGUAAACGUGUGUACUGUUUACCCUUGUAUGCCGGGGAUCCUCGCAAGCCUUAGGGAUAUACAAACGUAACCCGUAAUGGACUUUCCUUUGAGGACUCCGGACCAGCCAUAACGUCCUGAUUGUGGAGUAUAUCUCCCUCUAAUUGACGUAUUGGUAGCGGGAUCGAUGACUUUAGUCACGACUGGCAUUUUUCUGUUUGAAGUGGCGAACUAUAGAUUUGUUUAUAUUUAGUCCCAGGUAUCGAGAACAACACGCUACUGGAAAAGUCUGCCGUCUAAAGGCCCCGUAUAACCGUACUGUUAAGUGCGUGAAAUGGACGGUUUCUCGUCCUCUGUGUAACGUUGGUGGAUUACAAUGUGCAGUAAGAGAUUUUAUUAGGUUAACUUGAGUUAAGAUGAUUCGGGGAAGUGAAGGAAUAACGACUAAUUGUAUGAACAAAGUAGUUAUGGAGGAGUUUGUCGUGGUCAAAGUAUCUCAGGAUGGACAUAUCACAACGACACGCCCGAGGAGUGGGAAAAAGAAAGCAAGCGAACGUCCGGCAAGUCGAGCGACGGUCCGCGUCCCUCCCGGCAAUCAAGUCCAGGGUGACCGGCCGUACAGCCGAACCACGGGUCGCUCUUCUCCCAUCCGAUUAUAUGCCAAGAGUCCCACCCUCAUUAGCGAACGUGUUUACAGCGCCUACGCCAGGAGUCGCCCGUCAACAGGGAAAACCAUGCAAUCAAAGAUUCACACUAUGACGUCAGCAGCUAGAUCGGAACGAGAAACCAGUACCAGUUUCCGUUCCAUUGACCCAGCCUUCAUUGAGGUCAGCAAAGAUGUGAUAGGACUGACCAUAUGGAGGAUUGAGAACAAGUCGAAAGUUGUUAAAAUCGACGAACAAGAGCAUGGCUUUUUCCAUGAAGGAGCAGCAUAUGUUGUAUUGAAGAUUGAUGCAGAGGAGGUUACAUCCUUACACUACUGGAGCGGUCUGGCAUGUCCAGAGGCCGAAGUCAAAUUGAUAGAACAGAAGGCCCAUGAACUCGACAAAAUCCUUAAUUAUGCCACACUGUUUUCUAAGGAGACUCAAAGUCAUGAAUCAACAUGUUUCCUACGACUUUUCCCGGAAGGCGUGAUAUACAUUGAGAGCAAACCAAAGACGACGGUUAGCAGAGCGGCAGCAUAUAUCAAAAGGAUGUACCGAGUGAUUGGCCGGAAGUACAUCCGAGCUGUGUGUGUCGAACCUUCACUUGAUGCCCUGGACCCGACUUCGGCUUGUAUACUAGAUGGCCACCCGAGGAUGUAUGUGUGGGUGGGGUCGAACUGUCCGUACAGUACCAGGCUUAGGGCAAUUAAUUUAGCAAAGAAAUUCCGUAACAUGCAGAGAAAAGGAAUCGCUCAUAUCAUAGUAAUAGACGAGAAGGAUGAGAGCAUGAAUACCGCUUUUCUAAAGAAGCUUCCCAAUGGUCACACAUCACUGACCAACGGACAAACCACCUUAAGCGACGGUGACCACCUGGAAUCUGACACUGUCCCUGGAAACGGCACGAGGAAUACUGUACUCCAUAGGGUGAGCGGAUCAAAGGUCAUGUAUGACAUGCCAGAGGCGUCACGGUGUCCUUUAUACCAUAAAUACCUCGUCCGUAGGGACAGCUACUUAUUAGACCGUGGUCCGAACGCUCCCUUGUAUGUAUGGGUUGGACAUCAAGCAAGUGAAGGAGCCGUCAGUCACGCAUUACUGCGUGGAAAGGCAUUUUGUGAACAUCGCUGUUAUCCGACAACUAUGACGGUAUGUCGGCUACGGGAGGAUCACGAACCGAUAGAGUUUAAGAAAAAUUUCUUUGACUGGCAUGAAAAAGUUACCAAACGUCGACAGCUCACGAAAAAGUACAGCAUAGGAAACAUAGAACGAGCAUUGUUCUCCACCAAAGACAACAGAACGGUGGCUAAGAUGAACGAACACUGGUCAGAUGACGUAUUUCCUGACGGCGAUCCGGAAACUGAGGUAUGGCGCGUGGAUGGUGCUAAAUUGGAGCAGGUGCCCUGGGACCAACACGGCGUGUUUGUGAAUGGCCAGUGUUACGUCAUCAGGCACCAGAUAACAGAGGCGGAGGACAGUGUACACACCCUUCUCUACUACUGGCUGGGAUCCAAAAGUUCAGAGAGUGUCCAACAAAAAACAACCGAUUUGGUAUUAGAAAUGAACAGAACUACAGGAUACAAGUGUGUCCUGAUUCGAGUAUUAGAUGAAAAAGAGCCACCACAUUUUAUGUCGACUAUCCAGAACAGUAUUAUUGUGUAUGACCAGGAUGUCCAGAACAACCCUACCGACCGACAAAUGUUCUGUGUCAGGGAGUUGGAAAACGGCAGUAUGAGGGUACAACAGGUACCGGUAUCAUCCGAAUGGCUCAAUACAUCUGCUUCCUUCGUGGUGACGACGUCAACGGGGUGCUAUCUUUGGUAUGGAAAGAAAUCGGGAGGUCCUGAAAGAGAGUAUGCCAAAAACUUACUGGGUUUCCUCAAUCCAUCUAGAAUGUACACGUUUGAAAUCGUAACUGAAGGCAAAGAGGGUAAUGUUUUCUGGAAUAUGAUUGGUCCAGAGGAAAACUAUCCACAGGAUUUCUCAAAAGAUAAAUUAGAACGCCGACCUCCUCGAUUGGUAAUCUGUCACGUGGGACCAGACUGUCAAUGCCGAUUUAAUGAUAUUGACAGUUUCACACAACAAGAUUUAACGGACGCAAAUAUGUUCAUCCUGGACACUUUCGAUCUGGUUUACUUAUGGAUCGGUUCCUCGGUAGCCGACGCUGUAAGAAGCCAGGCGUACAACAUCAUCAAGACCUACAUGCACAAAGAUCCAGCAGGACGCAUGUUUGACGCGGUGCGAGUAUGGAUGACGUCUCAACACUACGAGUCGGAAACAUUCACCAAGUACUUUAGGCGAUGGUCGAGUAAUGGAUACUGUGGAAGAGACAAAUACGACAUAGCUAGGAAGCGGGUACGACAAGAAAACGCACAGAUAGAUACAGAACAACAGGUGGUAGACAGGUCACAUCUUAACUAUCCCAAGCACGACUACCGACUUCUUCUCCGGGAGGAACAGCCAGAAGACAUUGAUGAUAAGCAUAAAGAGUUCCAUCUGACGGAAAAACAGUUCUGUGAUGUAAUGCGACAUAGCCGAACGGAUUUCUAUCGAUUGCCGCUAUGGAAACAGCAACAAAUACUACAGUCGACUCGCCUAGCUUAUAUCCCUCCUACACCCACACCUCUGUCUAUCAGCACCCCGACCCCCCGGGAAACGUGAUGGGGUGAUUAGUUCGGAACUAAAUCAUGUAGCGCUUAUCCUGAUCUCUCUGAUAAAGUAAAGAUUGAAUGAUGGAACCUACAUCGUUCAGAACACGACGGGAAAACUAGGCGCUCGGAACAAAUUGUUUAAAGAGAAAAGUGUUAACAAUGAACUUUAUUUAUUCCAUAGGGAAAUAGCUUAAAGGGUUGUUAUGGUCAGAAACAUUGCAUGGAAAAACCUAUCGAUUGAAUAGCUGUAGAUCAAACGAGCGUCUCUCGACAAUACAUAACACUAAAGCAACCAUAGCUAUUUAAUGGAGCCUGGUCUGACCGUGCAACAAGAAUAGCUUGCGUUUAAUUGGGGAAAUAGAACUAUGUAUAAUUACCUUGAUAUAAUUCUAUCUCGAACAUGUUCACUCUAAUAUUUUCAUCUAAAACUGUGUAUUAUCAUCUGAUGUCGGUCAGUUCACUGGAACAUAUCUGACACAUUCAUUGCAUGCUUAGCUGUUCAUUCACUGAAUGCGGGAUUUUUUAUAUACUGCGAGCUUGGUAGAUUGUUUUAUUGAAAAACAAAAUUCAAGAUUGUCUGCUAGACUAUUAAGUUAUCAUAUAUCGUAUAAAAUGGCUUCAGAUAUGCAUUUAACAUGUAAUUCAUAACGAACAAUCAGUAUGGGAAAUUCACUUUGGUAUUUAAAAAUUGGGAGCAUUGAUGAUAGCAUAUCUUAAUAUUUGGGAUAUUGGUUAUAUUUAGAAUGCUUAAUAUAGGCCUAUAUAUAUAUACAUAGAUAUAGUUAUGAUAAUGAAACGUAUGCAUACAUUUAAAAAAAAUAUUAAUUAAAAGAUAUACAACAGUCAGAAUCAAUGUGAAUGGAAGUUGGAUUAUAACUUGGUCAUUAUGACAUCCAUUUGUUCAUUGUGGCUGUUUUAUAUUAAGAUAUGAGCAGGAUACUAUUAUCUCUAAAAAAAUCAGUAACCGUCCAGCCAUAUGUAAAAUAAAUGUUCUAGAUACAUCAUGUUAGCACAAAUAUGUAAUUGCAAUAUAUUACAAUGUUUAAGUUUGAUUUUAAUUUAAUUCCGUCCAUAUCAUUUUUAUAAUAUGUAUUUAUAUGAUUGUCCGAACCUAUUGUGGUACGUACGUUGUAUGUAUGACUAUUUAUUUUAUGUACAUCAUUAUAUAUUUAUUAUUACCACGCAACAUUGUUACCGUUACUGUUACAUUGAUACUUAACAUGAAUUAAAAUUUACAAAUCCAGCCUGA